AUGGCCUCCAACGCUGGCAUCCUGAAGCUUUCCAACGAACUCCUUCGCAUCAUCCUCGACCAGAUCGAAGCAGAUCCUGAAAAGCUUGUCGGCCUCGACCGGCGAUCCUAUCUCUCGCAGGAGAGCUUCAAGCCGCCGCCAUUACCGUCGCCAAAUCAGGCGCAGGACAUAGGCCAUUUCAGGCUCACGUGCAGAAGAUUCUCAGAGCUAGGCGCAAUCCAUCAGUUCGCUCGAGUAACGACGAGGUUCUCACGGAAAGGCUUCAAGCGCUUGGAGAACAUCGCCGGACAGGCGCAUCUAGCCAAGCACGUAAAGAAGUUCAGCUACAUGGUGCCGUAUUUCUACGUAGAGGGCAGAGAGCGAGUACGAGAAGUACUCCCCGGCCUCCAAGAGCGACUAGGACCUCUGGACGUGCUCCAUUACGACCAGAAGAUCAAGGAGCAGAAAGAUAUAUUGAAGUCCGAAGAAGACGCGAGAGUGCUCAAGCAAGCUCUUCUGGCAUUCACCUCACUACAGCAUGUUCAGAUCCUGCGUGUUCAAGAUCAGCAGGAUGGGUUACUGCUCAACUACAUUCGCCAACGCGAUGACCUCGGCCACCUUGUUGAGCUGAAUUGGGCACCGGCAUGUUCUCAUAGCACAAAGACACUUGGUGCUGCGCUUCUCGCCUCCCACUCUCCGUGUUCACGUUUCUCCUCGCCGAUGCUGAGUCCACAGAGCGCUAUUUUCCUAGCAAACCACCCGCCAAAAGCGUUGUCGGCGGUAGCGGAGCGCCUGACGGGCCUCGAACUACAUUUUGACGAUGGCAUCGACCUCGACAACAAGAUGCGAGAUCUCUCUGGCCUUUUCCGGCUAUUCUUCACGGCAGCCGUCAAUAUGCAGGCGGUCCAUGUAGGGUUUCCUUCGCAUCGACCGUUGAGCCUAAAGCUUGAGGAAGUGUUCCAUAAUGUACGAUGGGAGAAGCUUCUGGCUUUUGGAAUCCAAGCGUGGCGUCUGGACGCUGAAGAGAUCAUCGCACUGGCGAAGAGGCACCGGGAGAGGCUGAAAGGUCUACGGUUGAGAGAUGUUUUGUUGAAAGAGGGCAGCUUGUGGAAGGACGUACUCAAGUUUUUAAGAGAUGACAUGCAUCGGUUGGACUGGGUCAGUCUUCGCCGGAUAGGCUACACCACCCACUUCGACCAGCAGUGGGCAGUAGGAGCAGAAGUACCGGACGAUCCUCCGGGUGGCGCGAGCGAGAGCGACGACGAAAGCGACGGCGGAUGGGAUCCACAUGCGGAAGCAGAUGAGGAAGCCGGUCCUUCGAACUCGAACCAUCAUCCUAUCGACGAGGAUGAUGAGAGCGACAACACCUUCUCGGACGCCGAGCCGGAUACCGAAGACGAAACCGGGCCAGAAGCGGAAGGGAUGGACUUCCCAGUUUUAUCUCCAGACACCCCCUCGACAGCGCCAUGGUGCGACUGCAAUGGGCGCAGCUCCUACCUGGAUAGUCCUGAAUCACUGGGCGACAACGGCAUCUUUGUGAGCAACGUUCAGCGAAAAAUGUGGGAGAAGUGGGUCGUGAGACGAUGUCCUGAGCACAGUCCCCAGCCUGGCCACAAGUGA